GCAAACGACUCUGUUCCAAUCCAACGUGGUUUCGAGGGAAAAAAAACAAAAUAAAGUUUCCUUUUCCUGAUCACUUUCAAAAACCCAACCCCUUCUUCUAAGUCUGCAAAAUUAGCCCUUUUUAUAUAUAAAUCCGUCCAAUUCAAACUUCACCUGUGUUCUCUGACAAGGAUUUUGACCUGGGAAAAAAUUACCCCUUUUGCGCUUUUGUUUUAAUAUUUUAAUAUAAAACUUAUUUCUUGGAAGCUUGUGAAGGAAAACCCAGUCACGGUAUUCUGUUUCCGUGCAAAAAUUCCUUGCUUUCUCGAGUCUUCUGCUGUUCCUGUGAUCAUGGAGAGUAGAAGAGGAGGAGGACAAAAGGGUGAUAAGUAUUCUAGUCCCGAGGCUCCAAGAAGGAGAUCAUUCAGCAAAAAGCCACCUAGAGGUAGUUGGCAGCCUACAGUGCCGUCAUGGGAGAAAACAUUCUGCAAAGUGGUUGGUUCACUGGAUUGGGAAAAAAUACUGUACAUGAAGAAGUUUGUGUACCUGUAUGAGAAUGUGGUGAAGUGGGAUGACUCUGCAGGUGAAGAAGCAUUUCACAAUGCGAAAAAACGGUUCUUGGCCAACAUGCGUGGCCUUCCUUGUGAUGUAACAUUGCCUGAUCCAGAUCUUUACAUCGAUGAAGUUGAUUGGGAUUCAAAAAUUGAUACUGAGCUGCUAUCAGAGCUUGAAUAUAGAUCUGUGGUUCCUGAUAUGGCUGAAAACCACGAACCAGUGGUAAUAUUUGGUGAUAGUCUUCUCGACAACCAAGGUUUCUCGGCUUCUGGUUGGGGUGAAUGUGAAGCGGAUUUCAAAAAAGCUACCAAUUCAUCUUCCCAUAAUCAUGAUAGCCCAGGGGAGCGAAGUGUUUGCAAGAGCAAAGUAUCCGCAAAAGAGAAUGGCUGGGAAGAUUCAGGGAAUAAUGCGUGUGUACCAGAUGCUGGUAGUGGAUUCAUGGGAGAUACUGGAUGGGGAGAUGGUUGGGACAAUUCCUGGUCCUGGGAUAAUCCUAAUGAUAAAAAACUGGACUGUAACUAUCUGAAAGGUCCUGAGAAUGGUGGAGCUGGGGACACUUGGGAUGGAAGCUAUGGCAAGAAGGUUAAUGCUGGUAGAUUCAUGUCAAGGUACAAGACUACAAGGUUCCAUGGCAACGAGCAACACGGUAGUUACACAUGGAGGAAUGGUAAUGGCCGCAAGGAGAGGGGAGCUUUUGUUUAUAACAGCUCAAAUGCAGAACGCUGGAUGAACUCAUGCGGGCCUUUGAGUUACCAUGCUGCUGGCAAUGCUGGACAGGCAUGGAAUUUGGAAAAGCCAGUUUCUUGAAAUAUAUUGGAGACAUGAUUGUAUUCUAGUAAAUCAUUGUGAAGUAGGGUGUAUAAUAUUCUUAUUGAACCAUAUUGUCUACGGUAUAGGUACCAAUUUUGGUGACAUAUUGUUUGAGAGACCUUCUCCCCUGAAAUUUUGAACAUAGAUGAAUUGGGGGCGAGUGGAGUGCCAGUUUAUGUAAGAUUGGUUUGCUGUUUUUUGUUUU